AUGGCGACCCAAUCGUCUCAACCAAGCCGAAUAGCAGCACUAGCAGAUUCGAUCUCGAAGAAUUCUUCGAAGAUCGAUGCAUAUUAUCACGUUAACAAUAUUCCGUCCCCGUCGUUCGAUCCGGUUGAUACUCUGGAUGAUAUCAAGUUUCCCGAGGGAAUCCAACGCACCAAAACGGCACUUCUCGAUGCUACUGCAGAGCUCAAUGACCUCAUAACUGGCCCGAGAGGGCUUGUGUCUAAUUCCGGAUACUUGGCUCUCAUCAAGUUUGCUAUGACUCGGUUCAUCUACCGGUUCAACCUGGUACGAAUGGUGCCAGUAGACGGUGAAAUUAGCUACGACGAACUUGCCACGCGCAUCGGGAUCAAGGCCUCGACCCUACGCCAGCUCAUCCUCGCGGCAAUGACGUUUCAUAUGUUCCAGGAAAAGCAUCCGGGAUAUGUUUCCCAUUCCUCCGUCACCCGACUACUUCUGGAAGACCCUGUGCUCCAUGACUGUACAGGAUUCACUACUGAGGAUCUGAUCCCUGCCUUCCUGGGGAUUGUUGACGCUCUUCUCGAAUAUCCCGCUGCAGACGACCCUUCCAAGUCCGGGUACAUGUUCGCCCACAAGGCUAAUGAACCAUCAUUCUACCUACACCUAGCGAAAGACCCGGAAAAGAUACGACGGUUUGGUCAUUGUAUGAGCCAGGCUAUGGCCGGCCCACAGUGGUCACUGCAUUACUUGACAGAUAAUUUCCCGUGGGAGUCUCUCGGAGCAGGAACUGUUGUCGAUGUCGGAGGCUCAACUGGUCAGGCAGCCUUUGCAAUCGCCCACAAGGCGCCUCAGCUUCGAUUGAUCGUCCAGGAUACGGCGGAGUCCAUCGCUGUCGCUAAGGAGGAAACAGGUGUCAACGUGUCACACAUGGUGGCUGACUUCUUCGCCGAGCAGCUAGUGACUGGGGCAGAUGUUUACCUUUUCCGUUCAGUGAUGCACAACUGGCCGGACAAUCAGGCAGUGAAAAUCCUCAGGGCGCAAAUUCCGGCUUUGAAGCCUGGUGCCAAGCUACUAAUUAUGGAUGAAGUCAUGCCUGACGCAGAGACCAUGUCACUUUCUACAGCACGGACACAGCGUCUUAUGGAUUUGUCAAUGCUUGCUCUUGGAAACUCUAGAGUUCGCGAAGCAGAUGGCUGGCGGGACCUUUGCCGACAGGCGGAUGGCAGGUUCGAGAUUGAGAAGAUCACGAUGCCUGAGGGAUCGCAUCUGGCUUUGAUUGAAGUAGCUUGGAUGCCGUGA